UUAGCUUCCAGAUAACCCCCCCCCCCCCCACCCCCAAUCGCAUACUCAUUGAUUAUCGGUCGUGGGUUGUUGUGGGUUUUUGUUGCUUUUAGUAUUUGAUUGCGUUUGGUUCUCUGCAUUUCCUUAAAGAAAAAACCAUUUGGUCCAUUUGCUUUGUAGCCUUGGGUUGGUGGGUUUAUGCAUCCCUGUUGAUCUCGCAAUUUUGGUGUCAAUCUAACUGGGUUCUUCUUCAGAUUUCCGUACAUUCUGGUUUCAGGGCUAAUUCCUUUGAAGCUGGUGCUGACCGGCUAUUGGUGUCAUUGGAUCUUAAUAUUAGAGCACUAUAACCAAUUUAUGGAUUUUCAGUAAAUGUGAAGGCGCCAAAGAUCUCCAUUACAUUUCGAAUAGAAGCGGCCAUAUAAGGGAGCUUCUUUCCUGGAAAUUUGUUUCCAGUUUGCUGGGUUGAUAGUAGUGACAAAAAAUAUCAUAUGGUUCAAGAAGUACAUGACGAUGGCAGCUCCUAGAAAGACGGUCAUGGGACUAAAAUCGUACCAAAAUCAGGCCGAGGUGCUGGUUAAGAACUAUUUACUUUCAGAUCCUUUCCUUCCUUAUACAUCUGUCCUUGGGGGCAUAUUCGUCUGCAAAAUGUUAUUUGAUCUUUCGCAAUUAGUCAGCGCACUUUACUUCGACACGUAUUCUACACUUACUAAAGUACAGCGGAUGGAGUGGAACAAUCGUGCUGUCUCCACUAUUCAUGCAAUUUUUAUUGCAACUUUGUCAUUGUACUUUGUGUUCUGGUCAGAUCUCUUUACUGACCAUGAACAUGCUGGCCUUAUGACAUUCCGAAGCUCACAGCUAUCAACUUUUGCAUUGGGAGUUUCCGUAGGAUACUUCGUUGCGGAUCUUGGAAUGAUUUUUUGGUUGUAUCCUUCUCUGGGUGGAGUAGAGUAUAUUGUGCAUCACUCUCUUGCUGCGAUUGCAGUAGCAUAUGCAUUGUUUACUGGGGAAGGACAACUUUACACAUUCAUGGUCCUAAUCUCUGAGGUGACGACUCCAGAGAUCAAUAUGAGAUGGUAUCUUGAUACUGCUGGUUUAAAGAAGUCAACUGCAUAUCUGAUCAAUGGUGUGGUGAUAUUUUUUGCUUGGAUGGUUGCAAGAAUUUUGUUGUUCGUUUACAUGUUUUACCAUGUGCGCUUGCACUAUAACCAGGUCAUCAAGAUGCACAUCAUCGGUUUUCUUUUGGUGUUUGUGGUGCCUUCUGCGCUUGCUGCCAUGAACUUGGUUUGGUUUGGGAAGAUUCUCAAGGGAUUGAAGAAGACUUUGUCAAAGAAGCCGUGACAGAGGAUAUUAUAGCUUAAUUUCUUCGCCUUAACGUGCAGUCCUGUGUCCGUGUCCAUCUUUUUCCGUCACUGUAUAAAUUGAUUCGUGAAAGAGCUGAAAACGGAAGAAAUGAAGGUCAUUUGAUUCCCCAAGUAAGGGAAACCAAUAUGUUGUAAAUGUUCAGUAUGCACACGCCCUUGGUGACACUUUUCUCAUGUUUUGAUGUAACUGGGAUUUCCCCCCUUUCUCCGUCAUGUAUCACUUCCAAUACCUUGGUUGUUUAGCCAUAUCUGUAUCACAAAAAAGCAAAUAGAAUCCCAUUGAGGUAAAAAUGAGUAAGAUUUGGAUUGCUCUGCUUGUUGAGUUGAA